AUGUGCCACUUUCAGGUCUCCUCACACUGCUGGUGUGUAGAAUUUUUUGACAUAGGGUGCUGGCAGAUUAUGGGCCUCCCAUAGCUGCUGCCAGGCCCCUAAUCUGCCAUGGGCCCCUAUAUACCGCCUCUCUCAUGCUGCUGCCAGGUCCAGAGUCUCUCAUGGGUCCCUGUACGGCCUCCCAUUGCUGCUGUCUCCAUCGCCACACUCUGCCAUGUGCCACUUUCAGGUCUCCUCACACUGCUGGUGGUUUCCAUUUUUGUCAUAGGGUGCUGUAUGGCCUCCCAUUGCUGCUGCCUCCACCGCCACACUGUGGCUCCACACUCUGGUUUUGGCCCCGUGACUGGCCAAAUGAGUGAAGUGUGCGGUGAUUCUAAGAUCGACGGCACUCAUCUGCAUGUCAUACUGCCUGACAGUAUUAUUUCUCUUCCCCAGCAGACUCCAAGGGCAUUUAAAUUAAAGGUACAGUGUUCAGCACUAAUAUUA